UUGGGGAGUUAAAAAGAAGACUGAUAUAGGAAAAUAGGUCAAUUUGACCCGAGGACAUCAUGAGGGUUAAAAGGACAAAAGUCAAGCAUUUUCCGGUCAUCUUUGACUGUCAUUCUGUAGCCGUUUCCUAGCUUCGACGCUAGGUGGCGUCGAAGCUAUACUGUUGUGUGGCGUGCUGCCGUCUAUGUGCAGUCGAGGAAGCCGAGAUGGCAGCCACCAUGAAGGGACCUGGAGUUGAAGAUGUGAACGUUACUUUUGAAGACCAACAGAAGAUCAACAAAUUUGCCAGGAACACGAGUCGGAUGACCGAGCUGAAAAACGAAAUUGAGGCAAAGAAAAAAUCGCUGCAGAACUUACAGGACGCCAGCGACGACCUCAUGAUGUUGGACGACGACUCUCUAUUGAUCCCAUAUCAAAUCGGCGAUGUGUUUGUCAGUCACAGUCAGGAAGAAACACAGGAGAUGCUGGAGGCUGCAAAGGAGACACUGGAGCAGGAGGUCAAAGGCCUCGAGGAACGAGUGUCAGCGAUACAGCAAGUAUUGGGUGAUCUGAAGGUCCACCUCUAUGCCAAGUUUGGUAACAACAUUAACCUGGAGGCAGAUGAAAGCUGAGUUGAGAAAUGGACGUUGACAGCUGCCCCGACACGGACUUUUUCAUGCAGCUCUCGUACCCGAUCCACCGAGUGUUUGCCGAACAAAACACCAAGGACUCGGCACGAACGGCUUAGAUUUUGUUAGCUUCUGGCUUUUGUUUGCACCGAUGUUGUAUGAUUCUUCAGUUAAGAUUUUGGCAAACAAAUUCACAAGGACAACAAAGAUUUGGAGACUAAAUAAAUGCGCAUCAUUUCUAACCUCUUUUAAUUGGUCUCUUAUUUAAUGCUCAUGUUGUUUUUUUUAUUCUAUUGUUCAAACUAAAGUGCUGUAUAGUAGUUUAACUUCUGACAAAUUUAACAUUUUGAACAUUUGUGAGCUCACUUUGUGUUUGAUUGCCCUCCAAGGUCGAAUGAAAUUGUCCAACAACAAAAUUGUGUCUGCUCUUAUGAUGAACAUUUUUAAGUAUUGAAUCUGCUUGACCUUUGUUCAGAAUGUUGUGGUGUUCAUAGUCAAAUCAAGUUGAUUAAAUGAGUACCCUCUUUACUGA